UGGUCAUGACGGACGUAAGUACAAGAGGAAGGAGUGUGCACACUUGUUUUCAGAUUUCAGAUAACGCAGAGACUUCACACAAUAGUACCUGAGUGCAAACAUGCAGCGCUGACAAACACUGAAGCGCUGCCAAGCACUGAACACUGAGACUGCUGAGUGCACACAGGUGAUUCCACUUGUCAGCUGCUGCCUCGUCACACCUGGUUCACCAGCAGAAGUACCCUCUCUGUUGUUUCCUGGCUGAGGUGAAUCAUUGUUGGAUUACUGGAAGCUGUGGAGGAGAUUGAUAACCAAACAAUCCCCUGAUUGUGUUCCAGUAAGUUUUGGUGUUACCAAGAGCAAAACCAAACACAAGACUUGGCAACUGUCCUCCGUCAUGAUGCACAGGCAGGCAGUCGUGUUCAUGGGGGUGGUGAUCCUCUCCCUGUCAGGCCUCAUCCACAGCUUCCAGCCGCUCUUCACACUCGACGGGAAAUCCACAACUCACCGUGUCAUCACGCAGAUGGCGUUGCUCAGGAAGACAGCCGAGGUCUGCAGAGACAUCGCAGCCACAGAGGGACGAGACUUCAGCCUGACUAUUGACAACAGCCUGACAGCUGACAAAGUGCAGACGGCCUGCUCCUCCUCAGACCCCUCCUCUGCAGUCCUCUCCACCGUCAGGUUCCAAACCUCCAUCGCCAAAGUGUACUUCAGCAACGCCAAAGUGGACGUGAUCUAUGCGCUGAGUGAAAAGUACCACUUUGAUGACGAGAGCUUCGAGGCAGGACGAGAUCUCAUCACAUCAGGUGUCUCUGCCGUGAAGGCCAGCGUCAAACUGGAGAACUUUGUCGCAGGGAGGUGGACUCUCGGACGAGUCUGUCACACCUUACAGGACUUCUACAGCCACAGUAGCUGGGUGGAGCUGGGGAGAACGACCCCUUACAGCUCUCUGAUCAGACCAGACGAGCCUCUUCAGAACCUGGCAGGCCCCACUGUUCCAACCUGCCGAAGCUGUAAAGGGGGAAACUGUACAGACAAUCUUCUGCCUGACCUGCUGCAGCAGGGACUUAUUACUUCUGGCUACUUCAGCAUCUUCUCCUCGAGUAAACCUGCAGGAAAAUGCAGCCAUGGUGGAACUUUUGACCGCACAAGCAGACGUGAUCCAGUCGGGGGAAUCAACAAAGACGUCGUCGGGUCCAGUCAUGGUUUCCUUCACCAAAAAGCAGCUGAUCUGGCUGUGAACGCCACCGUGGAGCUGCUGCAGGACAUCAGGGUGGCUGUGGGAGACAAGAAUUUCCUGCAAUUGAUGGGCCUCUCCCAGUCCUCGGUGCUGUGUUUCGUCAUCGACACGACAGGCAGUAUGGCUGAUGACAUCGCUGAGGCCAAGAGAGUUUCAUUUGAUAUCAUUGACAGGAAGAGAGGAACCCCGCAGGAGCCCUCCGCCUACAUACUGGUACCUUUCAAUGACCCAGAUUUUGGACCGUUGUUGAGGACAACCGAUGCAGACGUCUUCAAAGACAACAUCAACAGGCUGUCUGCAGACGGGGGAGGAGACAUUCCAGAGCUGUGCCUGUCAGGUCUGCAGCUCGCCUUGACUGCUGCUCCACCCUCCUCUGAGAUUUUCGUCUUCACCGACGCUCCGGCCAAAGAUGCUCAUCUGAAAAGCACCAUCACUGCUCUUAUAGAGAGCACCAAGUCUGUGGUCACUUUCAUGUUAACCGACGUCCUGGCCACUCGCCAGCGUCGCAAAAGUCUCCAGGGUGUGAGUCAACGCUUACUGAGCGAAUCAGACGCUCAGCUGUACCGUGACCUCGCCCAGGCCUCUGGAGGUCAGGCCAUCGAGGUCACCAAGUCAGAUCUUUCUCUGGCUACGAGUAUCAUACAGGAUACAUCAGCUGGUGCUGUGGUGACAGUUUUUCAGGUGGUGAGGAAUCCUGGAAGCCCUGCUGAGUUCACAUUCCCUGUUGAUAGCUCUCUAAGGAACAUGACUGCCUACAUUACAGGAACCUCCUCUCUUAAGUUCACUCUCACCAGCUCUUCAGGUGUUUCUCAGAGCUCCAGUCAGUCCAGUGGUCCUCUGGCAUCCGUCACCAGAGCAGGAAACCUUCUUCGGUUAGGCCUCAACACUGAGAAUCAGACAGGAUCUUGGAGAAUCAGUGUUGAUUCUGAUAACCCGUACUCCGUUAAAGUCACAGGUCAAAGUUCAGUGAACUUCAUUUUUAACCUUGUGGAAGCUCACGAAGGAGUCCACGGGGACUUUGAUCUGAAGGAGGGACGUGCGCUUUCAGGUGGUAACGCCAGCCUCCUGGUCUCUGUGACAGGAAGUGACACAGUAAAGGUCACGGAGGUAACUCUGUUCGACAGCUCAAGGUCGACAGAGGUCAACGGAUCGUUACAAUCAUUGGGAAGUGGGAACUUCCUAGUGACGUUCAGGGAAGUCCCAGCCGGUGACUUUGUGGUUCGCAUGAGGGGAGAGGACAGCAGCUCCGGCUCCAGGUCACCGAACAGCUUCCAGAGACAAGCAGCCACGCAGCUCAAGACCUCCAGCAUCUCUGUGACUGUGCAAGCCAACACCACCAACACAGAACCAGGCUCCACCAUCAUCAUCCCUUUUACAGUCGCUGCCACCACCAAUGGUGUCGUCAACGACUCUGCGACCGGGACGUUCACGGUGCGAGCCAACAACGACCGCAGCUACACCUCGACGUCACCCAGCACCGUCACCGUAGCAGAGGGCGGAGGAGGCAAAGCCAACGGCACGGUGACUCUAACCGUACCGGAGGACGCUGCAACGGGGACAGACGUGACGCUCACCAUUGAGGCUGAAAAUGCAGCUGCUACUGACGUCAACUACGCAGUCAUCAGGCUGUCUGUCGCUGCCAAGGUUACAGACGUUACCCGCCCAGUGUGCCAGGUGGUCAUGAUAUUAGACACCUGUCCGUCCUCUUCAUCACUCUGUGCGUCUUCUCAGUGGACAUUCAUCGCCAACCUCACCGACGGCAUCAACGGAACCGGCAUCGACAGCAUCACCAUCCGCCUGGGAAACGGCACCCUGAACACCACCACGGCUACAGGAGCGGGGGGAGAGAACAUCACUGUGGCCUCCUACAGCGCCCCCUGUUGUUCACCGAACGUGGAGCUGACUGUGGUGGACAAAGUGGGGAAUGUGGGGACGUGUGCGGGGCAGGUUAGAGCGCUCACCACGGCUGUGCCUGCAGUGACUCCAGCUGCAGUUAACACAACAUCCUCUAGGGGGCACACUCUGAGCACGUCACACUGUCUCCUGAUCCUGAUCAGUGCGGUGGUUUUCCUCCUCUGGAGGUGAGACAGAUCACUGGAGAUCACCCUGUUAAUGUGAAACUGGAGCGAAUUAAUUCAAAGCCCUCUCAGGAGAAUGUGUGUAUCCAUAAUUAAUAACACCAGGUGUGUUUACGUGUGAGGUUUGAAGAGAAGUCCUGUUCCUUCUGUUUGAAAUAAAAAAGAUUGUUGAUGACAAAUCAUUAUUUUACCAA